AUGAUUUACGCUCCCCUCCCCACCGGGAGAUACCCCGAAGAAAACCCGCAGAGAGUCAGCAUUAAAGCAGGACGUCGCCCAGCACCGCGUCGGUACCACCGAGGAGUCGUAGUCGUGCCCCCGGGGGCAAAAGUGGGGAGCCGAGCCGCCCCUUCGGGCCGCCCUGAGCCACAUCCCCCCCCGCUCCUCCUCCUGCAACCUCCUCCUCGCCGCCUUCUCGAGCGCCCGGUCUGCCCCGGGCCGCGCUCGUCGUCAAGUUUCCGUCUAUCUGCAGCGGAGGGAUUGUCUCACAGUUUGGAACCAGUUGCUAUGAUAGCUGUGAUAGCAGACAGCAAACCAGUACCUGACGGUAGAUAUCCUGUAGGAGAGAGGAUGUUUAUCACAGUUAUUUAUAUUGAUUUGCAUGACUUAGGAACAUUGUACCGUGAGCUGAUGCAGGCACUGGAGGAUACAGAGCAGCAAGGUCUGGAUGUCACUUCAUUAAACCACCACUCGGAAAGCGUGUGCCCCAAACAAGUGGAUCUGCAUCAGCCUAACGAGCCAGAAACAGAGCGGGGCCACCCUGGGUUGUCUGUCAGUGCUGCUGGGCUGGGAGCGCCCGGGAGCAGCUCCCGCAAAGCCCUAGUCCGAGCGCGGAGGGGCUCCCGUGUCCCUCCGUCUGCCAGAGUAUCGUGUCGUGCUGUCAUCGGCAGCUCUCCCAGUGCUUUGGACAACUUAAGUGUUGCCAAGGUGUCUUUUUUGAUCCCUGAAUGUGGCAUACUGCCUGAAGUGCUGAAAAGUACUAUUGCAGAUGUUGGAGAGUACUGCCUGGUGAGGAAUUUAUCAGUUCAUGAAUUGGUUGCUCACGAAUUCAUUGAUGCUUUUGUGAAGAAAGGUUCAUGCUACGCACUUACCUAUAACACAAAAAUUGAUCAAGAUAAUACUGCAGCUCUGCUACCCAAUGGAAAAUUAAUUCUAUCAGUGGAUAAGGAUACUUACGAGGAACUUGGACUCCAAGGUCGCCCUUCUCAGUAUUCUGGCAAAAAAGUAAUGAGAUACAUUAUAACUAUUGACUUGACUGAUUCUGGCUUUCACCCUGAUAGCAAGAAGCAUAACAGAGUGCUUUGGGCCUUGAAAGAAAAGAAACCUUUAGAAUUUGACUUCCUACUGGCUUGGUAUAAUACAGAGGGACCAGCAUUGAUGUCAUACUUUUCAAAAAACCAAAUACAGUCCCUGAAGCCAAAAGUAACAUUCAGCACAUUAAGAGACUUGCAGUGUCCAGUAUUACAAAGUAAUGAACUACAAGGAAAGCCAGAGGAGUCCUGCAGUGCAGAGGAACUGUUUGAAUGGCUAGGUGCUGUCUUGAAUCAAGUUAGCUUAGACAACAAGUCUUCUAGCUUCUUAUCAACCUACUGCUGUCCUCAACCCAGCACAGUUGUGGAAAAAGCUUUUUUGUGCACAAUCACAGGCUUUAUAAUUCCUGAGAAGAUAAUUCAGUUAUUGGAGCAGCUGUGUUGCUAUUUUGGUGAACCAAAACUGGCAAGUUGGCUGACCUUAACUGUGCAUGGCUUUGCAGACAGCCCUGUUUCCUGGAGAGAAAGUGAGCAUGGUUUCCACAAGGGAGGAGAGAACUUGUACAACUUUGUCAUUUUUAGAAACCUGGACUACUGGCUUCAGAUGGCUGUAGGAACUCAUGAUGACUGUCCUCCUUAAAGCUAUGGCUACAGAAGAAGUUUUCAAAUGAACCCAUGUUACUGUAUACAAACCUAUUAAGAAAGUUUUUAUAAAAGUAAUUAGGCAACAGUUGAA